UUGAUGAAAUUCACGAUUGUUUAUGAUUUGUAUAUCAGACAAAUGUAAUGUUUUUCGAAAUUCACUCUUAUGGAAAUUCGAGGAUGCGCAGAUUCGCACUUGUAUUAAGUUGUAAAAAGUAUAAGUUUAAAACUCCUCGAACUCGUCAGGCGACUCGUUAAGACGAUAUGGAUCGUAGAAGUGUUACAUAUGUGGUUAUGAAACCGUGGUACAUUUAGCAGGCUUUACCUGGCAAUUAGGCCUAACGUUGGAUCUAAAAUUAAAAAUAAUGGGUAGUGAGAUUACACUUUUAUGGUUUCGGAUUGUGGGUAUUGAUAAUGUUAUUGUGUUUAAAAUUCUUCGACGUGUCCUGUAUCAAUGAUAAUUAAAAUGUUUAAUAUGUGGACGGUACAACUGAUUCUUUUUUUGUUCGUAACAAUUAAAAUUAACGUUACUUGUGGCUGGGACACAGAAGAUCUAGAAUUAUUUGAUUUAGUCGAAGAAGUUAAUCAAAACUUUUACGAAGUGCUCGGACUUGAACAGACUGCUUCCAAUAGUGACAUUAGAAAAGCUUACAGAAGGUUAUCUUUACAAUAUCAUCCUGAUAAGUCAAAAGAAGAAGGAGCUGAGGAGCGUUUUCGAAAGCUUGUAGCAGUUUCCGAGGUUCUCAGGGAUGAAGAGAAACGUAAGAAAUAUGACCUUAUCUUGCAGAAUGGCUUACCCGAUUGGAGACAACCAGUUUAUUACUAUAGACGAGUCAGAAAAAUGGGGUUAUGGGAAUUAUCCAUUUUUCUGUUUGUUCUGCUGACCCUUGGUCAACAUCUUUUUGCCUGGUCUGUUUAUUGGGAAAGGAAAUAUGAGCUGGUAUUAAAAAUGUUCCUAUUUUUUCAGUAUGCAAGAAAUACCAGUACUUGGUAUUGUAAACAGUUGAGUAUGCAAGACAUACCAGUACUUGGUACUCGUAAACAGUUGAGUAUGCAAGACAUACCAGUACUUGGUACUCGUAAACAGUUGAGUAUGCAAGACAUACCAGUACUUGGUACUC